AUGGAUACGCCUGAAAAUGACGAAUCCAAGCGGCGACCGCGGCGACCGCGGCAGCCUAAGGUGGUGAUCUUAUCCUGGCGGUUCUCAGCAGCACCAUCGAGGCCCGCAGCUCAGAGAGCUACGCUCAUCAACCAGAAUCAAUAUAGCCGUCUUUUGAGGACAGUGAACCCUGUCCAAAUCCCUGUUUUCUCACCGUUGCCUUCAUACCUGGUGCAUUUUAGCAAUAACUAUUGUGCGUCUCUCUUGUGGCCUGGGUUGAUGCCCCGGGCAUCCCCAGACGCAAAUCACCCGGGAGUCACAUGUUGGCUGUCCCUGUCCACCAGGCAUUCCGCGCUUCAUAGUGCCUUCUUGUUUGGCUCGUAUAUUCAUCGAAAUAUGCAGUCGCUGCUUAAAAGAAAAGGCUACUUUAAUGCAGCUGAUGUCUACUAUACAAGAAUCUGCGAAGCCGAUGCAAUAGCAAAGAUUAACAGAGCAAUUCAAGAUCCAGUACAAGCAAUAUCUGAUGAAGUGAUUUUAUCUGUUUUAUGUCUCGCUACGAAUCAGCUUGAAGGUGUAAAGGAAUUGCAACCUAAAGAUACUUCCUUUCAGCCCCCGUUGCAGAGUCUCCAAUGGCUUGAUAUUUAUGGAUGUAUGUUGACGAAUCCCAUUCAUCAAGCUGGGCUUGUUCAGCUCGUGAACCUAAGAGGUGGACUGGAUAAAUUAGAGCUUCCAGGUCUUGCGGCCGUUAUAUCAUUCUUCAGCAUACUUAGCGCAAGUCAGACUCUGUCACGUCCGCAAUUUCCCUUUAUGUCGCUUUAUUUUGGGCGGCAGAUGACACUCCAUCAACUCCUUUUAUCCAGAGGUCCCACUCAGGAUAUUGAACAAGAAUCACUUAUAGAAGUUACCAUGCCUGAAAUGCAGAACAUAUUUCGUGGUCUGCAAGCAUACAUUUCUCUUGUCCAAGAACAUCAGGAAGGUAUGCUAGCAGAAGUGGCUGGCAUGACUUUGUGUGAUUUUCGCAAUCUCUUGCAGUGGCAUAUUCUGUCUCUUCUACCAGCAAGUCAUCUUGGACAUGAUCUCCAAUUUUACCCCGUAUACGAGUCAUGUCGGCUUGCCCUAGUCAUUUUUGGAGUGGGAAUAAUAUUUCCUCUACCAUUAGAGGCAAGUCGGCUGCCAACUCUCGCCACAAUGUUGCGAUCAGAAUUAGCAUCAUUUAAUGAGAAAGCGUUGCCACAAAAUCCUGCAUUAGCAAAACUUCGCUGCUGGUGCCUUCUUCUUGGGGGCAUUGCGGCUAAGGGAUCCCAACACAGACAGUGGUAUGUGGGAGAGCUGCGAGCUUUUGCCCAGAUUCAUAGCCUGUCGACAUGGGAUGAAGUUAAGCUGAUGGCAAAGUCAAUAUCAUGGCUUGAAAUUGCGUGUGAUGCUGCAGGGAUGCAGCUAUGGGAUGAAACGAGACACUGA